AUGGCGUGGUGGUUACCGAUUUUUUCGCUGGUCUUGUCGCUCUUGGCGGCCGACCAUGCAGUGUCUUCGGGAAAAAUUCCUAGUUAUGUGUCGCCUUGCAAGAGAGAUUCCGACGAUCUAAACCAAUGCAUUGCCAACGUGUGGGAAGCACUCAGGCCCAAGAUGGGCGAAGGCAUUCCCAAACUCAAAAUACCUCCUUUAGAGCCCUUCUUGCUGCCGGAAACGAAUAUAGACAGGAGGUCGGAUUCUCUGGACGUGAAAGCCACCCUGACACAGUUAGCAAUUAUGGGAGUGAACAACGUAGUAUUUUCCAAACUAAAUGUGAACCUGACGGAUUUGAAGGGAUCGGUGAGUCUAGCGUUUGCCGAUUUGAACGUGACCACAUUAUACGUUAUGGACGCUAUGCUCAUGAAAAUCAUACCCAUGAAAGGGCAAGGAAAAUUUAACGGCACCAUCAAGGACGUUAAAGUGAACAUGACCGGAAAAGCGGAACUUAGUCCAAAAAACGAGCGUGGCCGCAGUUACCUGAAACUCGUUGAGAUCAAAUUUAAAGGGUUCAUUGGCGAUGCUACAGGACGACUAGUGGACACAACUCAAAACCCGGAAAAUAGUAUUUUUGCUGAAACGGCCAACAUGUUUUACGAUAACAACAGACGCGAAGUGCUCGACGUACUUACACCGUUUAUCGAAGAGUUUUGCGAAUCGCUCUUCUUGGGAGUAGCCAAUCAAAUACUGUCCACGUUGCCGUUCGAAGAAAUGUUCAUCGAAACAGCACCUAAAAAUCCACCGCCGCCUCCGCCGCUUUAG